UCUCUAAUCAGAUGAAGCCGUGGGAUUAUCUCUGUCCCUCGCAGCCAGGCUCCAUUUUGAUUCCUCUCAGUCGGUCGGAAAAGCUUCGGAAAGUGGCAAGCCGAAGGGCUCACCUGUGGAAGUCCAAAGCAAAGACUGUGGGCUGUGCUCUUCCCCUCUCCCUUGGAUGCUGUUUCGGCUUCCUCAACCUCCUUGCCUGGCAGGAUUUCCGAAAGGGAAGCAAGAAUAAUAAUUAUUAUAAGGACAAACCCACACACAGCAUCCUCUGGUGGCUUUCGGCUUUUCUCUUUCUUUGAUUUCUGAGCAUCUUGUCUGAAGUCCCCUGAAGAUUUCCUGGCCUGUGGAAAAUCUGGAUGUGAAAUUUCACCCUGUGGAGGGAAGAACUCCCACUUGUCAUGGCUACCAACAGUCACCGGCUCCACGCCCAUUCCCAUCAGGAAACCUUAAAUUCUGUCUGCAAUAGUACUCUGGGUCUCAACUACCAGCCGCUUUCCAAGAGCUCUUCCAAUCUGGCCAGCGUUGGGCGAAUGGGUUCUGAGGAGAGACACAGCAGCAAACAGGAGCUCCGAAAGAGCCUCAGCAGUUCUGCCUGCCAAGCCCAGGGAAAGGACGGGGAAGCCCGAAGCACACCUAGCUCUGACUGGUCUUCUACUCAUUCAGAAAUGGCUUCCACUAUCCGAACUGCAAGCAGCUUGUCACCAAGUGAUAGCACUCCGAGUGUCACAAAAAACACUAGCCAUUUCCUGGGUGUUGACCAGUCCCCAGCCUCUGGAGAAGGCAUGGGUUCUAGACCACACAUCAAGAGCAGUACUGUCGAGAAUGUGUCUUCAACAUUGUCUGCACAAUUACAGCGUGGGAGCACAAUGGAUGGACCAGGAGUUGCAGUUCAGAGAAGCCUUUCUGACCUGACUUGCAGCUGCAAGCAACCGAGUUCUGCUCCCCAGAUAGAGACAAGUGCUACUUACUCUGCUAUGAGUUCCAACAGUGGUUACAGUACAUCUCCAGGCAAUACAUCAUUUCCAAGAUCGAGGUAUGGAUCAGACACAUGUGAAAAAGCCCCAGAUUUUCAGAGCCACUUGACUCAGGACUCCAAUUCACCCAGAGACCAAAGUGUCCCAACCAAUGUCUUUGACAAUGGUGCUUUAGCACACAAUGUUACUGUUUUUCCAGAUCCAGGGGCAUAUUACCCAAAUUAUCUUGGGUCACAUAUGCCUGGAGAUAACUUCUCAAAUAGAGCAAUGUAUGCUCAGGGCGGACUUAUCUAUAGUAACUUUUCAACAGGUAUGUACCCUCCUGGCAUGAUGGCCAUUCAUAACAAUACUAGUUUUCCCUACAACAUAAGACAGGAUUCUGCGAUGAAGGUAGAAGGUACUCUCCCAGCCUAUUGCCAUUCCUUGCCAAUAUCUUCUGUUCAGUUCAUCCCAAGGUUGGUCUGCUCAGUGAGUGAAUCAGGGAAAGAACAAGUCCAUCCUGAGUACUGUCCAACUUUGCCUGCUACUGAACCAGCAAGCUUUCCAAAACUGGUGACGUCUGUGAGUGAGUCAGGUCUGGAUGCAAAACGCAUAUUGCGUUGUUGCAGCGUGCGUGGAGAGCACAUAUUGCAUGCCCAGCCUUGUAUACAACCAAAGAGGGGCCAUGAGGAAAUGAAGACGAUGUACGUGGUGUUGAAUAACCACCAAGAUGGCGUUCAUACGGUCAUGAAGACUAAGGACACAUGGACGAUGACCUCCAUGAAUGACCUCACUCGUGGACUGCAGCCUCUCCUGGGAUGCAAAGAUGUAGAGGUGCAGACCCUCCCAACAAGGGAAUGUAAAUCUGUGGCCACAAGCCCCUCUGUUGCUACAGAAGAUUACCCACACGUGUUCCCUGAAGUUAACCUGGAACCAGAGGCAGAGGGUGAAAAGUCUCCGGUGCGGGAAGUGAGGUGGGAUGAUGAAGGCAUGACUUGGGAGGUCUAUGGUGCCGCUGUGGAUCCUGAAGUUCUUGGCCUGGCCAUUCAGAAACAUCUUGAGAUUCAGAUAGAACAAUUCCAGACAGAACCGGAGCUUGCCAUUUCUAGGAAAAGUACAGGGGAACAGCCAGAGAAAGAAGAAAAGAAAAUGACUUUCAGGACAAUGAUGCAUUGUCUAAAACCUUCAAGCUGCUGCGCCCGUUCCAACACAGCAGAGGAAUAAACUUUCUGGCACAGAGUUGGAAUCUGAACUGAUUUAAAACAAUUCUGCAAGUCAGAGGCCACAGGAAGCUUUUUUAAAAGUACAUACCCUUAUGAGUUUACUUUAGAAAUGUGUAGUUGAAUUCUGGACUGUUUCACUUCACAUUUUAGCUUGGUUGGGCUUUAAAAACGGCUCACUCGGGAUCCAGUUGAGACUGAUCUGAUUCAGAUCCAAUUUGGUCUUAAAGGUCUGAUUAAUUGAGGGCCAAAUCAAUGUAUUGCACAGGCCUAGUUGUAGGGCAUCCCUCUUCCCUCUGACUUUUGAACAAACUGUUUCCUGUCUAUAGAAUUCUAUUUUAACUACUUUCUUCGUGUAUGUAUGGCUGGUAAUUUACUGUAUCGGAGGUUCAAUUAAUGCCACUUUGACCUUUGGAAUGGCAGCUAAUUUUUUUGGAUGAAAAUUUCAUCAUUCAUUAGGCGAUCCCUCGUUUUCUGAGUAGGAUCGUCUUCCAGUAUUCUUGUGGGUCCGUAUGUGGCUGUGGAGCCCUAUUCUUGCUCUGCAUCUUCUUCCGCAGUGAGGGCAUUGGUUUCCAGGUGGAAGGCGGUCUCGGUCGGGGUUGGCUUGACGUGCCUUCCUCUUGGCACGUUUCUCUCUUUCGCCCUCCAUUCAUGUCUCUUCAAAUUCUGCAGCACUGCUGGUCACAGCUGACCUCCAGCUGGAGCAGUCAAGGGACACGGCUUCCCAGUUCUCAGUGUCUGUGCCAGAGUUUUUAAGGUUGGCUUUGAGUCCAUCUUUAAAUCUCUUUUCCUUACAUAAAGUUACACUAGUUCCAUAUACAUUAGCUGUCCUUUCUUGCACAAAGGAAAUCAGAACAGCACCGACUCCUCAUUUUGAGUAGCCAGCAGAUUUACUCUCAAAAAGCAGGAAUAUAAACUAAAAACAAACAAAUGCUGUUGAUUGUAGACACCUGAAUCUUAAACAUGGGGUUAUUAUGGUUUACUUUUGAACAAGAAAUACCUUCUAAAUGACUGACACCUUGGGAAAUAUCAUUGUUCUUCUCUGAGUAUCAAUUGAUUGUAGAUUUUUUAAUGGAAAAUAUUCAUUUGUUUAUAUAUUAGUGUUACUCUUUGUUCUCUACAUUUUGUUUUACUAUGCAUGUAGUUUUCAGUGCUAGACUUGAAAUGCAUUUUAUACUUUUUACACAGAUGCAAAUGGCAUUGUAUUACUUAUGAAAAAGCAUCAUCAGAAAGUAUACUCCUUAUUGCCAGAUAGUUUAUUGAAUUAAACUGCUGUGUACUACCAA